UCGAUAGCACAUUUUUAGCCGCUGCUGCGAGGUAAACACGUUGCAAUUUGCAAUUUAUUGAUAAUUCAGAAUUGUUUAGUUGUUUAUUAAGUGAACUUAGAGUCAAUUGCAUAGUUAAACCGUGCAAAAUGGCGAACGUGGAACGCAAAGGCACCUUCAAGGUGGAAUAUCUGCAGAAGAUCGAGCGCGAAGUGCAACAACGCUGGGAGGCGGAGCAUGUGCAUGAAACGGACGCGCCGACGGCGCCCAAAAAGCAACAGGCUGAGAAGUUUUUCGUCACAUUUCCAUUUCCGUAUAUGAAUGGACGUCUGCACUUGGGACACACAUUCUCCAUGUCGAAGGCAGAGUUUGCGACACGCUAUCAUCGCCUUAAGGGACGUCGUGUGCUGUGGCCCUUUGGCUUCCAUUGCACCGGGAUGCCCAUUAAGGCGUGUGCUGAUAAGCUGGCACGUGAACUGGAGCAGUUUGGUUAUCCGCCCAAGUUUCCCGAGGUGCAGGAGGAAGUGCCCGCCGUCACGGAGACUCAGUCCGAGGUGCCCAAGGAUAAGUCCAAGGGGAAAAAGAGUAAAGCCGUUGCCAAAACAGGAACUGCCAAAUAUCAGUGGCAGAUUAUGCAGAGUCUUGGACUGCAGGAUGAGGAAAUUAAGCAGUUUGCCGAUGCCGAGCAUUGGCUCAACUAUUUUCCACCGCUGGCGGUGCAGGAUCUGAAACGCAUCGGUGUCCAUGUGGAUUGGCGCCGCACAUUCUUAACCACAGAUGCCAAUCCUUACUUUGACUCCUUUGUACGCUGGCAAUUCAAUCAUUUGAAACAGCGCGGCAAGAUUAUGUAUGGCAAACGCUAUUCCAUCUAUUCACCCAAGGAUGGACAGCCGUGCAUGGAUCACGAUCGCUCAACUGGAGAAGGUGUGGGUCCCCAGGAGUAUACACUCAUCAAAAUGAAAGUGUUGCAGACGCCCAAGGCUUUGAGUGCCAUCAAGCAGCCCAUUUACUUUGUGGCGGCCACACUGCGUCCGGAGACUAUGUACGGACAGACCAAUUGCUGGCUGCAUCCGGACAUCAAGUACAUUGCCUGGCAGACAACACGCGACAACGAGGUGUGGAUCAGCACACGUCGUGCUGCCCGCAACAUGACCUAUCAGGGAUUCACUGCCGAGGAGGGCAACGUUGUGGUGCUGGCCGAGGUCAAGGGUGUGGAUCUUUUGGGUGUACAACUGUCGGCGCCUCUGACUCAUCACAAGAUCAUUUACACGCUGCCCAUGUUAAGCAUCAAGGAGGAUAAGGGCACAGGUGUGGUGACGUCAGUGCCAUCGGAUUCUCCUGAUGAUUAUGCCGCCUUGGUGGAUCUGCAGAAGAAGGAGGCAUUCCGUCAAAAGUACGGAUUGAAAGAUGAGAUGGUGCUGCCCUAUGAACCCAUAUCCAUUAUUGAUGUUCCCACGCUGGGUAAACUAUGUGCUGUUCAUGCUUACGACACACUGAAGAUUCAAUCGCAGAACGAUAAGGAGAAACUGGCUGAAGCCAAGGAGAUGUGCUAUCUGAAGAGUUUUUAUGAUGGCAUCAUGUUGGUGGGCGAAUUUGCGGGUCGCAAAAUCCAGGACAUCAAGAAGGAUUUGCAACAGCGUCUUACGGAUGCCAAGGAGGCAGAUAUUUACUACGAGCCCGAGAAGACCAUCAUAUCCCGCUCCGCUGAUGAGUGUGUAGUAGCCCUUUGCAAUCAAUGGUAUCUCAAUUAUGGGGAACCCGAAUGGCAAGGUCAGGCCUUUAAAAUUCUAAGCGACAUGGAAACCUUCCACGAGGAGGCACGCAACAAUUUUGAGGCGUGUUUGAAUUGGCUGCAUGAGUACGCUUGCUCCCGAACUUAUGGCCUGGGCACCAAGCUGCCUUGGGAUGAGCAGUGGCUCAUUGAAUCCCUCUCGGAUUCAACCAUUUACAUGGCCUUCUAUACUGUAUCGCAUUUCCUGCAAGGCGGCACAUUCCGUGGAGAGAAACCAGGACCAUUUGGUAUUAAACCAGCUGAUAUGACUCCUGAAAUCUGGGACUAUAUCUUCUUUAAGGAGACGCCACUGCCAAAGAAGUCGACUAUUAAGCCAGAGCAUUUGGCUGUUAUGCGUCGUGAAUUUGAGUAUUGGUAUCCAAUGGAUUUGCGUGUUUCUGGCAAGGACUUGAUACAGAAUCACUUGACCUUCUGUCUGUAUAACCAUGCUGCAAUGUGGCCAAAUGAUGAAACCAAGUGGCCCAAGGGGAUGCGUGUAAAUGGUCACCUGCUGCUCAACUCGGCCAAAAUGUCCAAGUCAGAUGGCAAUUUCCUAACACUACACGAGGCCGUUGACAAAUUCUCAGCGGAUGGCAUGCGUCUCUGUCUCGCUGAUGCCGGCGACAGCGUUGAGGAUGCCAACUUUGUGGAGAGCACAGCGGAUGCGGGUAUUCUCCGGCUCUACACCUUCAUUGAGUGGGCCAAGGAGAUGCUGGCAACACGAUGCAGCCUGCGUCGUGGUGCGGACAAGACCUUCAACGAUCAGGUCUUUCUCAGCGAGCUCAAUCUAAAGACACAGCAGACGGAUGAUAACUAUCGCAAGAUGCUCUUCAAGGAGGCGCUGCGCAGUGGUUUCUACGAAUUGCAGUUGGCACGUGACAAGUACCGUGAGCUGUGUGGUGCUCAAGGGAUGCAUGAAGAGUUGGUGCUGGAGUUUAUACGUCGCCAGGCGUUGCUGGUGGCUCCCAUUUGUCCGCACAUGGCGGAACAUGUUUGGGGAUUGCUUGGCAACAAGGAAUCGGUCGUGCACGCUCGUUGGCCCGAGGUGGGCGCCAUCAACGAGCUGGACAUCAUGUGCUCUGAGUAUCUGAUGGAAGCAGCACAUUCCUUCCGCCUCAACCUGAAAAAUCUACUUCAAGUCCGUGGCAAGGGCGGCAAAGAAAAGGCUCUAGAUGCACAGACGGCGAAACCUAAUCGGGCCUUGAUUUGGGUGGCUAAAACAUAUCCACCGUGGCAGUGCUGUGUGCUGGACACCAUGAGGGAGCUGUACAACAAGGAUACGAAGACACUGCCCGAUAACAAAGUCAUUGCAGCCACAUUGCAACAAAAGGCGGAGCUAAAGAAGUUCAUGAAGCGUGUCAUGCCCUUUGCACAAAUGAUACGCGAAAAGGUGGAGACGGGCGGCAAGGGUGUGGCUGCUAUGGCUGUUACCUUGGAGUUCGAUGAGCGUGAGGUUCUGUUCAGCAAUCUGGAGUAUCUGAAGAAUACCUUGGAUCUGGACACUUUGGAGAUCAAGUAUACUGAUGAUGCUUCUGCACCUGAGAAGACACGCGAGGAAGUGCGUCCUGGGUCGCCCUUCAUUGCCUUCAGCGUUGCUCCGCAUGUGAGCGUCGAGCUCACCAAUCCCAUUGAGCGCUCUGGACUGUUUCAGGUGAACGCCAUCAUUUCCGAGGGCGACACAGUGCAGUCUCUACGCGAGAAGCUCGCCAAAAUCAUUGGUCUGAAAACAGAAGUAUCUUCGCUACAAAUCUGGCGCUAUGAGGAUCCCGUGCUGGGACCACGCAAGAUGCCCAACUUCCAGGACUUCAAGACCGGCAAGACACCGCUGAGCGAUGGCGAUUUUGUACUCGACUUGGAAGCGAAACGCGUGAGCGUCCAACUGUCUGGCCAACUGACUGAGGUGGGACGCCAAUUGAUCUAUGUGGUUGAAUAGAUAACUUAACAUCCUCUGCAGCAUCUUAAUAAUUUAUUCAUGUUACGAACUUGAAACAUUGUAAAACAAUUGUGGCCUAAAAGAAUAACACCUUAAAAUAUGAUUAAAUCUGUGCACCUGAA